AUGUUCAGCACUCUUGUUGAACGCGUCAAGCGUCUUGACGUUCAAUACAAGCAACCCAGGCGCGAGAUUGCCAAACGGGACACCAUCGUCCCCAUCGCCAUCGCUUCUCUCGCGCUGUUCUGUAUGUGGGGGCUUGCUUACGGGCUCCUCGACAUCAUGAACUACCACGUCAAGGUGGCCAUGGGCAUCGGCCGUGACAAGGCCGCCAUUCUCGCUGCUGGCUACUACGCCGCAUACAUUCCUGGCGCUCUCUUCAUUGGUGGCCCCCUGGUCCGCAACUGCGGCUAUCGGGUGGCCAUGGUCACUGGGCUGUUUGGUCUGGCACUCGGCGACUUCUUCAUGUCCAUAGGCGCACAGAGCUGUAGCUUAGGUGGCAUGGUCGCCGCCAUGUUUGUCAUCGGCCUAGGUGUCUCAACCUUGGAGCGCUCCGCCAAUCCAUACGCGGUGAACUGUGGCCCUCGCACACAAGCCACCCUACGCAUCCUGGUCGCCCAGGCGUGGGCGGGCAUUGGCACCGUGAUUGCACCAUUCCUGGCCAACGCAUUCGUCUUCAGCCCAGACACCUCGACCUUGCGCCCUGUCUCCGACCCGUCUCGCCCAGGCAAAUGUCUGAUGCCGACCGAGAAUGCAUCAGCCUCUUGCGCCAAUUUGGGCAGCGUCAUCACCUUCUACAGGGCCCUAGGCGGGUGCAUUCUCGGCCUGAUGGUGGUUGUGGCAUGGAUCUUCUUCCGCACCAACUGGGUGCCGGAAGUGGAAGUCCCUGAAGCACCUGUCACUGUCGGCUGGAGGCUGUGGAAGCAUCCGUUGCUGUCGCGGCGCUAUGCCCGGAUCUGGUGGGGUGUUUGCGCCAAUUUUGUCAAUCUCGGUUGCCAAGUGACCUUUGCACAGUUUUUCAUUGAGCAUAUGAAGGUCAACGCGUGCGCCAGCGACAAGUGGGCGGCCGUGUGCAUGUCAUUUGCCCAGAUUGCUUUUGUGGUUGGCCGGUUCGUCGCUGCUGGUCUGGUGACCGCCCCCAAGAUCUUCAAGCCCCGGUACGUCCUGGCUUGCUUCAUCGCCGGCGCUGUGGCGACGACUGCCGCAGGCACAUCCAUUACCGGCUCCGCAGCAAUCUCGGUGGCUGUCAUGGUCAUGUUCUUCGAGGCGCCUUCUUUCCCGAUGAUUUUCGAGAGCGCGACCGCUUCAUUUGACGAGUGGACGCCCACAUGCGAGACACUCAUGAUUGUCAGCAUCUCCGGCGGUGCCUUGCAACCUCCGUUGAUGGCAAAGUUUGUCGAAGCUGUCCGCAUUUCCACGGCUUGGUCGAUGACUGCAGCAUGCUUCUUCUUGGUCUUCACGUAUCCUUUGGCAACCAAUCUGAUCCCGUCGUUCAGAAGGGCAUUGGACAGAGCCGAGGUCGGGGUGGACACCGUCACGGACGAAGAAAAGCGGGUUGUUGAAGACGGUCAGGGGAGUAGUGGCGUCCUGAGUCCUGAGCGGAGCAAGGCGUCCGCCGAGUCAAGAGUUUCGAGGGUUGACGGCGUUCAACCGUCGUUUUGA